AUGGAGGAUGGCAAUGACAAUAAUUAUCGAAGAAAAAGGAGUCCCCCGCCAACAAACAUAGCAGAAAACUGGUUCCGAUACUUCCAGUACGACCCCGACAAUGACCUUCCGGGUGAUGUGCGGAACAUCCUGCUGAUCAUCGCUACUCUGAUUGCGACUAUCACAUUCCAGGCAGGCGUGAACCCUCCUGGCGGGGUAUGGCAAGACAAUGAAGAUAGCCACUCGGCCGGCAUGGCAAUCUACGCAUCUCGUCAAAUUGCCUUUUAUGUGUUCUUGAUCUCCAACACUUUCGCGCUCUCCACUUCUCUACUUGUCAUUGUCUAUCUCACUUACAAGUUCCCACUCCACCCUGAGAUAUGGGUGGCUACGGCCUCGAUGAUGGUGACAUAUGCGUCGGCAAUCUUUGCCGUGACGCCACAUGAGUCGGUGAGGUUCCGCUAUGUGCUGCUCGCAGGGGCGCUGCCAGUGAUAUGUCGGUGCGUAUUCCAAGCGUAUGGGAAGUUCUGCCGCACGAAAGGAACCGAACAGUGAGGAGCAUCACACAAUAAUCGGACCAAGCAGGAAGGAGUGCCGGACAACGCCCAAGGGUGAUAAAAUGAGACAAGGAGUUGCUUCCGUUUAGUAUGUGUGAGGUCUUUGUUUUCGAGUUGCUUCCGUUUAGUAUGUGUGAGGUCUUUGUUUUCGAGUUGCUUCCGUUUAGUAUAUGUGAGGUUUUUGUUUCUUUCCCCAUGCUAAAG